AUGUCGAAGAGAGGAGCCGCCGUGGCCGACCAGGUCGUGAAGCUCAUUGUCGGCGCCGGCCAGGCGAGUCCCAGUCCCCCCGUCGGUCCUGCGCUGGGUAGCAAGGGUGUGAAGUCGAUGGACUUUUGCAAGGUGAGGCUGCCAACCCUCGAUCCCUCGAUCCCAAUGCUGCGACGAACACAUGGCCACCUGCUGCCCAACAACCGUGCUCUGUUCUUUUUCAGGGUGGCAUCGGAGUUCAAUGCAAGGACGGCAAACCUCAUCGUCGGCACGCCGAUGCCCUGCCGAGUCACAGUUCGCGGCGACCGCUCAUUCCACUUCGACAUCCGAACGCCGCAGACAUCGUGGCUGUUGCUGAACGCCGCCGAGGUGCCGAUUGUGCCAGUUGGCAACAAGAAGAAGAGGAAGGGCGCAUCGAACCCUGGCAAGGAGACAGUCGGCACCCUCAGCUUGAAGCACGUGUACGAGAUCGCCAAGAUCAAGCAAUCCGAGACGCGCCUGUCAGGCCUCAGCCUCGAAUCUCUCUGCAGGUCCAUCAUCUACCAGUGCAGGACGAUUGGCCUCAAUGUCGUGCCAUAG